AUGUUGGGAGGGUCUACGGCUGUGAGGGAGGUAAGAGAUGGAGAGGUAUCAAACCUUGGAGCACUAUUACUCAUAAAGGAAGCAAUAGACGUGUCGAUUGGAGAAGUUUCCAAGUUGAGAUUCAUAACCAAUGGAGGGUUGCCAGCAUGUACAGUGUCAGGAAUAGUGGGAGACUUGGAUUGGAAAGAGUCAUCAAACCUAGACAAAGAUGAAGAGGAAGGAGAAUUAAUUGGGAUAAGGUCGGGUAAGUCGUGGGAUGAGGUUGUUGGAGAAAAAUGUGUGGAACUGGAAAAGGGAAGUGGCGAAUUUAGGAGAGGGGAAGGAGGUAAAUGGGGUGACACAAUUGGGAAAGAGUUGUCGAAAUGGAAUGAGGCUGCACGAGCUGGCCGAGUUGACGUUUCAAGGAGAAGCACUCACAAGUAUUGUGAUCUCUGUGUUCACAGUAUUGACAUAUCACUAGAGAGCCUUUGGUGGAGUUGGUUCCUUGAUUAUUGUUGGUGGCAUAGGAGUUUCCCUGAUGAUUGUUGGUGUUAG